AUGGCUGGCAAAGCGAUUCGGCUUUCACGUAGAUGUGUUAUUGCGGUUUUUUCGCUUCUCUGGAUAUUCCUGUUCCUCAGCCAUCUCGUCUUCUCAUCGCUUCAGCUUGCAGCAGUUCGGGCUAUCGACGAGAUGUUCACAGGCCUUGCAGCAAGUCGCCACGAUGCUGAUUGCACGAGGUGA